GGUGCCAAUGCGGGUGAAACUGUGCCAGUGGCGUGAACACGGAGCUGAGAACAAAAACACUUGUUAUCUCCACUAUCAGUCCGGGAAUAAUCUCUAAUCCAGUCUCGUAAAGGCCAUGAAAUAUUUGGAUGCUGGUUUGAUGAAGGUCGAAUAUGCCGCCGAGUAGCUUUUGACCACACUUGGUCAGUCCUUGCUACCAAAUCCAUUGACAGAUUUAGGACCAUAGAGAAAAAAACUGGCAUUAACUUCUACACAGAGUCUGGGUUUGUGUUUGUAACAAAAGAUGAAAAUGAAUUUUCCAUUGCCAUGGAGAGAAGCCAAAAAAGUGGUCUUGCUGCUGAAGAUAUUACAAUGUCUUGGAAGACAGUCUUUCCUUAUUUAGAAAUACCUGAGAAUGCAUUUGUAUUUUGGGAAAGAAAUAAUGCAGGUUUUAUCAAUCCAAGGCAACUUGUGAAAGCACAUCAGAUGGCUGCCAGACAGAAUAGAGCCCAAGUUGUUCAGAAAAUUGUAUCUACUAUUCAGUUUGCUACACAUUCUGGACACAGGUGGGUAAUUGAAACAGAGUGUGGUGACAAGCUUCGCUGUGCCAAUGUCUUGGUUGCUGCUGGUGGAUUUGCAGGCCUAAAGCCCCUCUUCAGGCAUGUUGCACCAGGUUUAGUCCCAGACCUUGAGCUCAGAACUCAAACAGUAUCAUUUCUAAGGAUUUCAGAAGAAGAAGCUCAAAGACUGAAAACAAUGCCAACAAUAGUGACGAGAUGUGCAUUUGAAAAUCUUGAUGGUGCUUAUGUCCUGCCUCCUAUCAAAUACCCAGAUGGCCACUGGUAUGUGAAACUUGGUCAUGGCAGAGUAUAUGAAGAGAAGAUGAGGACGCUCUCAGAAGUGAGCGAGUGGUAUGCCCAACAGACGGGUAUUCCAGAAUGUGUUGAUUGCUUGACACGAUAUAUGAAAUAUAUGCUACCAGAUUUGAAAAUGGAAGAAGUGUCAGGAGAUGGUUGCCUUACAUCCCACACACCAAAUAAUGAGCCUUACAUCGAUCUUAUAGCUCCUGGUUUUGGUGUUGCUUUAGGGGGUAACGGUUAUGCAGCCAAAGCCAGUGAUGAAAUUGGAAGACUUGCAGCUCGACUGGUGUUGCUUGGAGAGUGGAAGUCGGAAAUACCAAAGGACAGAGUCAAAAUGAUUUGGAAAGCAGAACCACGUUUGUGAACUGUUUUAAUGGAUGUUGAUUACAAAAAUGUUUUAUGGUGCUCAGAAAGGGCUUAUAUUUUAUUUUUACUCUUUCUAUGAAAGUCCUU